UCAUGCCAGUUUAAGACAAGGAAAGUAAGAGAAAGUGAAAGAGAAAGUGACCAAGUAAGCGAGUUGGAGUUUCUUUCAUGAUACUGAGGAGUUUCUUUCAACUGCUUGCUCUUGUCACGGUUAUUGGAGCAAAUUUAGACGGUUUUGCAGAUGCUGACUCGUCAGGACAAGCAGCAACCUGUGAACAAGGGUCCGUUAUACUUACAGAUGGCACGGGUUGUCAAGGUUGUCCCGCCGGUACCAAAGCUAAGUCUGAUCAAACAGGUUGUGAAACGUGUCCUCUAGACUCAUACAGCUUGGCGGAGGCUACAGCGUGUAUAGAAUGUGCUAGCCCGUUAGGAACUGUAAGUGAUGGAAGCACCAAGGCUGAGGAUUGCGUCAAGGUGUGUACGGUCCCGAGCGUGACGAAUACGAUAACCGGAACGACACCUUCUGGUACCAGGUUGGCAACUGGCGAGGAUUCCACCAUCGUGUGUGAUAGUGGCUACCAGUACGGAGAUCAGGAAACACAAAUUAUAAAAUGUGACGUUUCCCUCGAGAACAACGGGUACCCUGCCGGUUGUAGAAAAAUAACGCUGAAAUUACCGGGUAAUCCCUCCUUAAAAAUGGGUAGCGAAGCGUCACUUAUAUGUAUCGUCGAAAAUGAGUCGGAUAACUCAGAUAUAACUUGGUUCAAGGGCGACUCCCAACUCCUUAGUUCAGAUGACAACUACGGAUUUGAUAUCGGUACAGAUGCACUAACUUCUAUUUUGACUAUCAAAGUGCUGGAUGAUACUCACACUGCAUCCUACUCAUGUAAAUUGAACUAUGCAUCUCCACUUCUCAGUGAACAGUCCAUAACUGGUGACCUCACUGUCCUAGACAUUCAGAUUUUUGUUUCUGACGUCGAGGUCGAUCCUGCUGACGCCAAAACCCUAAUUGUAGCUGGGGAAAGCCUUUCUCUCAUGUGCCAAAUGAAGGCUGAUAGCAAAUAUGUGGACAGAGAGAUAGAAUGGUUUUAUGAUGGUGACGAAACACCAACAGGCCUAUUGGAUGGUGAAACGUCGCCGUACAAACACAAAACUAUGACCAAAACUGCUGAACUGACAGACACGGCAGAUUAUACUUGUACAGGCACGUACGGUAACGAUGGAGCACCAUUACAGCCCUUGCCUAUAACUAAAGAGGUAAAGGUGUACGUGCUGGGAUACAGUGAACAACCGGAGAACACGUUUAGUGAAGUCGGAGUGGCCCUCGCCCUCAGCUGUACUGCACAGGGAGAUGCUUCCACCACAAUCACGUGGACUAAAACCGUUGAGGGGGUUGAAUCAAACCCAACUCCUGAAACUCCAACAUUCCCUACAUCAUUGGAAACCUCGAGUGAACUUAGAAUUAGCAGUGCUCAACUAAGCGACUCAGGAUCUUAUAAGUGCAGUGCCACCUUCGGGGCAACAACUGUGGAAAGUACUGUCGCUACAGUCACCGUUCUUGACAUCGGUAUCAGCGAGGACCCAGUAAAGAUAGGGUUCCUAGCAGGAGAGGACGCUAGUUUGUCGUGCAAGGUAAAGAACCCGACGGAUAACCCGGCCACUGUUUCCUGGAUACUGGCGACAGCAAAUGGAGAUGAAGUGGUUGAAGAUCAGUACAUCCAGUGGGCUAACGAGAGCCCUGUCGGAACCUCCACUCUGGUAUACGACAGUGCCACCCAUGAUAAUGCUGGUGUUUACAAGUGUAAAGCAGACUACACUGUAGAUGGUAAAACAUACUCUCGGGAAAGCACACCUGUUGAUCUCUUUAUUAGAGAGCUCCAACAAAAACUGGACGAGAUCGCUCUGGUGAAACUGCCAGCCGAUACUACCAAGGUAUUUACCUGCACUUACAAGGGAGAUGACGGUAUUGAGAACAUCAAAUGGAAUUUAAACGGAGAUGGGUACGACGCGACAUUUCAUACCGAGUGGUCAGAAGUUGCGGGAUCUUACCUUGCCGAUGGCACAUGGGAGAGCACGUUAACAGUAACCAGUCUCACGAAAACCAGCGGAAAGCUAGUAAAAUGUAUCGUGGACUUCAAGGCAGACUCUUACAACAAUGCAUUGUCCUCCGAAAGCAACUUUGUUGUCCGCUCAAUCUCUGAGGCGCCCGAUGCGCAAACAAUUUCUGAUCAGGCCUCAGUGGAUAUCAGCUGUAUUUACGCCGGUACCAACGACCCGGAUACCGUUCAGUGGAGAGUUGACGGUUCAGUGAAGACAUCAGCCGAUACUGCUGAUACCGGUUUUACUGUCACCACAGGGGUGUUCCAUGGUUCUACAAAUAACGAAAGAAAAACCACCUUGACAAUAACCGGACGAGAAUACACGGACGCAGAAAAAAUUAUCAAGUGUGAGUUUAUCUUCUCCACAAAUCUCCCGCAAGAAACCAUGGAAUCUUCCACAACUCUACUCUUCCGAGGAAUUAUUACGCCACUGGAUGCGAACUACUACUCGAUUGGGACGGAUUCUGUUUCCUUUACUUGUGAACUAGGAGUAGGAGCUGAUGGGGAUGUCCCUGCUUAUACUGAGUGGUUCCUCAACUACAAUGAAGCAGAUAGAACGCAAAACGAGGCACUAAAAAACGAGGGUGACUACGCCAUAGUAACUGACUCUCAGAUCAAUAGCGGCAAAAUGGAAACUACUCUGACUAUCUCUAGUGCCAAUAUCGCGGUCGCCCUUGCUGGGAAAUACACGUGUGAAUUCUCAUAUGACAACGGAGAUUUCUAUAAGUCUGAAGGAAACCUUGUUGUACGGCUGGUCACGAUAGUACCUUCCGAUGCCCAAAUCUACAGCUACCGAAAUGACGGGGUACAAUUGUCAUGUACACUUGAGUCGAGCGACAUUACUACCGGUAUAACAUGGUCUGGGCCAACAGGGUUUGAUCCGUCCGGUUUAACCAGCAAAGAUCCAAACAAUGUUCACACUUACAUUCUGACCCUUCCAACCGAUGCUGCUGCAGCCCAGUACAGCUGCGAAUUUGCUUUCACUGAUGGACCUACUUUCAAGCCGGUUGGCACCUUUCUCGAUGUUAACUUGAACCUGAUCGAGAUGACGAACCCGACCAAGAUGUACAGUACCUAUGGGGUUGGUGUUACCGUUACUUUCUCCUGUUCGGCUGGGUCUCGCUCCGAGAUGAGUGACCUUAACUUCUACGACGGAACCCAGGAAGUUACAGCAACUAGGAGGAGCUAUGAGAACGGCAAGACGAAUGCUGAGUACGAUUACGUGGUUGAUACUAAAGAUAAGGAUGCGGAGUUUAAAUGCUACAAAAGUGCAGAUGAAACUUCCGAUUCUACUACUCUUGAUGUGAUGACCUGGACACAAGAGCUUGCAGAGUCAACUGAAGGUUCUGCUGGAGAUAGUGUAGUCUUGCUUUGUAAGGCAGAGUGGAACACAGUCGACCAGAACAAACCAGCCUUCACGUGGUUAAAGGGAGCUUCAGCCGCUGAGGAGACCAAAUCAGACACAGAAGACACGUCAGGAAAAACGUGGGUUCAAAGUGAGCUGACGAUCACUCUUGCCCCUGACAUGGACGGCAGCGAGUACACUUGUACUGCUACAUAUACCGGACUUACAGCCGGCCUGACACUUACCAGUACAACCGACAUCAAAGUCGCCAGUAUCGAGAUUACUCCAGCGAAGUACGCCAUCGUACCGACCGGAGAAUCAGCGAUGUUCACCUGUGUUGUGAUAGCGAAGGACGGAGUCAACCUGAAGUGGAGAAAACAUGCUGACGACUACACUGAGAACGACAAGAAAUACGUUGAUCUGACGACCUCAGCUCAGCAGGAUAACUACGAUCCAGACAACAAUUCAAGGAAAUCCACUUUGACGUUGUCAUCCUUGACAAAUGCUGACAGUACUGACACUAUUGAGUGUUACGAAGAAAAUACUCCCGCUCUCACUGCAACCAUGGAACUCAAUGUUGUCGAGUUCGCCGACCUCGUUUCAAAGGGUUUGGUGGUAGGGGAAGAGGUUAUUUUCACCUGUACUGUUUCAACCUUUACUAACGCUGCUCUAGUCAUCGAAUGGUUCCAAAAAUCCAGUAGUGGUUCAGAUACUUCCAAAGGAGCAGGAGCACAAACUGGAAAUGAGUACACGUACACUAUUGACGCGGUUGCUCAGAUUGACAAUGGUGUUUACUAUUGCCUAGCUACAUACACUCAACCACUCAACCUUGGAGAUGCAGUCUUCAAGUCAGAAGAAGUUAACCUUCACGUUAGACAGAUCAACCCAACACCAACCACACCUGUCUUUAUCCACACUGGAGAGACAAUAAGUUUGGACUGUACUCUGAGCAUUAUAGCGAAAUCAGCUGGAACAUCUGACAUUAAAUGGUACAAGGACGGAGUAGAGGUUGUGCAACAAGUGGGCGUAUUAGAAGUGGAAAACGGAAUUUAUGAUGGUACAAAUGAGCUUCAGAAGUCAACGUACACUGACACUGAUGUUGAUAAAGAUGAUGGAGGUAUUUACAAAUGCGAAUUCACAUUCGCUGUCGGAGAAAAGAUUUCUUUCGAGACUACCGUCCACGUUCAUCUGCUCACUCCCCUGGACAGCGAUUACAUAAAUCCUUCUGUUCUGAACUGUGAUUUCCAGGGUUCUAACGAACCUACAAUUUCAUGGUGGAAGGUCACCCAAGCAUCGGGACAAUCCCAGCCAACAAUGACAAAAAUCGAUCCUACCCAAAGUGAAUUUUCUGCUUACACACUCGACCCUGGGUCCUGGGUCGCAAAUGCUGUGUCCGCUAAACUGAACAUCGAUUUAGUUAAGGUAACAGACGCUACCUCGGUCACGUGUAAACUUGAGUUUACAGGAUUGGACGACCCACUGGAGACUAAUACGAUGAUCCACAAGCGAGAAAUUUCUUCCAUAAACGAUAAAACCUAUACAAUGGGAGAGGAGGUCAUCUUGGAAUGUGUCCUCUUCUUCGGAGUAUCUGGUACCGGUCCUGCCUCGGUCGAAUGGAAAGGAAUUGACGCCUCGAUAACGGACGCCGAGAAGAAGAUCGACGAGAAUACCAACAUAGACGGUACUCGUACCACUACACUAACCUUCCCUAGUACUGAUAAUGCCAAGUUUGAUGGUACCUACACCUGCUCGUUUGUGUAUGACGACUCGGAGAAAUACGAUGGUGAAAUAGUGAUAGUAACACGAUUGACAACCAUAGUGCCCGACACCAAAGCUUACAUCCACACGAACGACGGAUUUUCUGUCACGUGCACAUUCGCGGGUCAGGAGACACCAAGUGAUGUAACAUGGACCCUCGGAGACAAACCCCUGGUUACAGCCACGGACGACUACACUCUUGUGUACACGAUUGGAGAAAAGAAGGCCGAGCUGACUAAGACCAACCCCAAUUCGGCUGACGAUGGAGUUUACACGUGCAAGUUCACGAUGGAGGUUGCAGGAGAUCCUCCAUUUGCUUCCACUACCAUCACUGUAGGAUUGCUGACCAUGACGCAACCGGAGAAUUACUUCGGAGCUGUAGGUGGAGCCCUAUCUUUAGAGUGCACCAUGAAAACUGAUGUUCCCAAUGCAAAGAUGUACUGGUUCAAAGAUGGUGUUCUCAAACAGAACGUGGCUAGUCCCUCCCUGGUCGACGGUGUGUUGAAGUCGACUUACACCAUCGCAGCACUAGUAGCUGCUGACCAUGAUGGGGCCUGGUCCUGCUCUUCUUCUGAUGACGCUGAUGUUUCUACCCACAAGGAGAUCUCCUCCACAUCUGUCACCCUCAAAACUCUUGAUUUUGUCCUGCAACCACCCGCCAAGACCUUUGGAGCAGAUGGUAUGGAUGUGAGGUUAACCUGCAAAUCUAGCUACGGUCAACCGGGAGUUAACGUUGCUGUAGUGUGGUUGGUUAACGAUGGUGGUGAACCUGAUGUUAGCGGUGACAAGUUUUUCAACGGGGCAACUAACGCUGCAGACGUGUACGUGAGCUCCUUGAGUAUAUCCUUUACUGACGAUAUGCUGGAGAAGAGCUACUCUUGUAAGUUUACUUUCUCCGGAGAUGGAGUGGGAACAGACAACUCCAUCACUUCUUCUGCAACUACCGUCACUCAAAUGGCAAUAUCUGGCCUGGAGGACGUAUUGUACAUUGAAAAGGGAAAGGAGCUGUCCAUCUCGUGUACAGCUAUCGGAGAUAGUGCCACGGAGAUCGAGUGGACCUACAACGGAUUAGCGUACACCACAGGGGUGGUGGCAGGUGCUACUUGGGACAAAGACACCCACUCUAUAACCAGCACCAUCACCAUAGAGACGGUGGAUACUGCUAAUGAUGGCAACUAUGUUUGCGAGCACUCCGGUGAUGACUCUCUUCAGGAUACCAUCACUGUUGAUGUUUACGAGGUGGAGGUUGUUAGCAAAGAAGUAAAGACUGAUACGACAACAGUUCUUACUUGCAUGGUGAAAGCAGUCACAAAACCAUUCACCUUCGCUUGGAUUGAUGCAUCAAGCCAACCAGUGACAGCUCAAUCUGAGAGCGUGGUAGACGGGAGUAAUAACCAGAAGAGUGAGCUAACAUUGUCAGCUCCGCAAGCUGAUACAACUUACACUUGUACCCUGACUGAUCCUCUCGGAGUCAAAUCUGAUCCGGUGAUUGUCAAGCUUAAUGUGUUUGAGAUAACACCGACAAACGCUAAAGGCAAGGUGGGAGAAGACGCUGUCGUUACUUGCGAAAUCAGUGACAUCACUCAAGCUGUCACCGUCGUGUUCAACGACGGAACCGACGACCUGGCAUCAGAAGCUAACGUCCGUCUUAUUGAAACAGGAGCUCCGAUAGCUGCGGAUGCUACCACCCAGACCGCUAAGAUGACCCUGUACAACGUACAGGAUGAUGCUACUUUUACCUGCAAGGUGACCUCUGGAGAGUACCCCCUCUCUCCGGUUCAGAGCGAGGAGGUCACGGUUUCUGUGUCUGGUGUUACAAUCGACGUCAAAUACGCGAUUAAUAAAGUAGGAGAAUCCCAAAACCUGGUGUGUACUGGUGAUGGAGAUGCUAGCAUGACGAUAGAAUGGUUUGCUGCUGAAGCUCCUGACACUGCUCUCACUGCUGUGCUUGGAGACUUUGACAACAAAGCCGGUACCAGAACCAGCACUCUCUCGUUCGCAAGCCUCACAAUUGAGGACAGUAAGGAGUAUACCUGCACAGUGAAGUACGGAGAGGGUGAAGGUAACAAAGUCAGUGGGAAGGCCAGGAUUGACGUUGUCGGUGUGACCAUAUCUCCUGAUGUCGGAAAGAAAUCCGGGGAAACUGCGGUAUUGUCAUGUGACUACAACACAUUCUCCGAUGCUGCUGUGCUGGCUAAGUGGUUCAAGAAGAACCCAACUAACGGACAGGCUGAUACCGAGCAGACACAAUCAUCAGAUAUAGACAACAGCCAGAAGGGCAAGUCCACCUUCACUCUGACGAACGUACUGUUUGCUCAGAGUGGUGAUCAGUACUACUGCCAGCUUCAGUACCAGGAGACCGCAUCUGGUGCGACUGAGGCCAGCACCUUUGAAUCAGAGAUCAGGACUUUAUUCGUCAGAGAACUUGUAACCUCUGCCUACCCUACACAAUACAUCCAUGUGGGAGACACCGUCAGUCUGGUCUGUGAUCUCAAAGUCAAGACAGAAGACGAACUGGAAUCAAUGAAGUGGUUCAUUGGAUCGGAGGAAGUAGACGACAGCAAAUUGUUUGAUAAUGCUAACUUUGACACGACCAACACGUUACAGAAGACUACUUAUACUGAUCCUGUGCCUGAUAAGACGGAGGGAGGCAUUUACAAGUGUGAAUAUAGUUUUAAAGUUGGUGAUCCCAUCAGCUUGGAGACCACUGUCGCCGUACACUUCCUGACCGCUUGGCCUGCUUUGACUCUCAACGAGAACUCUCUUAUAUGCGAGUUCGAAGGAACAAACCAACCGACAAUCAAAUGGCACAGUGCAGAUGGCCAGGAGUUAGUAGUAGGAGGGAGCUCUCCCUACAGUGUGACCCCCGGAGGCUGGACUGUCAACUCAAUGAUCUCCACUCUUAACAUUGACAAGUCCAAGUACCUGGAACUGGCCAGUAUAACUUGUAAGAUCACAUUUGAUGAUGCUGCCGUUACUGAUCCCCUGGAAACCACCACUGCUCUUCACUUCCGAGAAAUCAAGGAGAAGAGUACAACAACAUAUACAACUGGAGAGGACAUUGUCCUUUCAUGUGUAUUCGAUUUCAUCAAGGGUGGUACAGGACCUACAACUGUGAAAUGGUCUGAUCUAAGCGAUCUAACUGAGAAUGACGAAUAUACCGUCGAUUUAGGAACGAAUGAAGCUGACGGUAAGCGAACGACGACUUUGACACUGAAAGCUAUCGACGAUAUCAAAUAUGCCCAGAUGUACACUUGUCAUUUCGAAUAUUCUGACACUGAAAAGUACGAGUCAGAGGGUAUAGAAGUCGCAGUUAGAGUGGUGAACGUGGACCCAAUCAAAUACUACCACACCAACGCCAACUUCAAGAUAAUCUGUUCAUUCGUUGGAGCUGAGAAACCUACUGGUGUGAAGUGGUCCUACAAAGGACCCAACGACUCCGGGUACUCUCCAAUAACCUCAGGAUCUGAUAACUUUGACCUGGCUUUGGUUAAAGAUAAUACAGAGGCUGUGCUCACUAAAGGCCCGCAUACAACUGAUGACAAUGGCGAAUAUGAUUGCGAAUGGGAGUUUGCUACUAACCCCUCUUUGAAGCCAACCGGAACGCAAAAUGUCAUCGUUGCUCUGUUACAGAUGCCACAAAAGGACUUGUCACCGAUAAACGAACCACCUGGAAUUAAGGUCGACUUGACUUGUACUGUUGUCAACGAUGUAACUAUAGAUAUUUACUGGUACCAAGGUGAUACAUAUUUGAAAAACCUUCUCGAGGAGUUUGACGAGUCUACGAAGAUUGUCAAGACAACUCUGACAAUAGAUAGCUUCGCUAACUCUGACGCUGGCGAAUACAGCUGUAGACUAGACAAGGAUGGGUCCACCAGCCAGGUCACCCAGGACAGCGUUAUUCUCAAGAUCCAAGGUCUGGACACAACUCCAGAAGCUGCUGGAAGUAUCUACAUUGAGGAAACUAAAAGUACAACUAUCGCCUGUAAGAUCGACAACGAAGGCACCGUCACGUGGACUAAAGAUGGCGCAGCUUUUGAUGAUGCUGCUAUCUAUAGCGCAGGAACAUACAACUCACAAGAUGAUUCCACAACCAGCACUCUCACUUUCUCAAGUGUAACUGUUGCAAAUGAGGGUGUUUAUGUAUGUACCUUCAAGACUUUGACCGCCACCUUCACUUUGGACGCUUUCGGUUUUGAAGUACAAAACAAAGAGGUGAAGUCAGGAGAAGCGACUGAGUUGAUCUGCAGUGUAACUGGCAGCAAUAAAGUGUUUUCGUUCGCAUGGACUGAUUCGGCUGACGGUGCGGUAAACUCUGUUACAGACUCACAACCGGACUCAAAUAACGUCCAAAACAGCAAGAUCACAGUUACCCCGACCCAAGAUACUACCUAUAAGUGCACCGCUACCGAUCCCCUAGGAAAGGGAACAAUUGAGGAUACCAUUAUUCUGAAUGUCUUUGAAAUAACGGAUCCUACAGAAGUUAUGGCUCAAGUUGGAGUAGCAACAUCCCUGACAUGUGGAGUAACUGGUAAUACUGGAACACCCAACUAUAUUUGGUACAAGGUCGGAUCAGACACACCUGUCUACACGGAUACUGGAAAUGCAGCCACUUCCACCUACGACAUAGCCGAUCCUCAAUUUUCUGACGACGGGGCCUAUAAAUGUACAGUUGCCAUGAAAGUUGGCGACUUUACAAACGAUGUGUUUGAAUCAGCCACAACUGAGCUGAUCAUGAAGCUAUACCCAAAAGAGCUGACGACCUCGUUCGGAGACGAGACGACGGUAAAGACAGCUACUGAUACCCUGGUAUGUACGUAUAAGGGAGAUAACGAUGUUUCUAGCGUAGUCUGGACUGGUCAAGGUGGUGCUUCUGUCGAUGCUUCCAAGGUGGAAACGGGUGACUAUAACGAAAACGACCAAACCAAAGUGAGCACAUACACGUUCACUGGGGUAGAAGGGAAGGACGGAGGUGACUACACCUGUACUUUCAACUUCGACAAAAACACCAUCACUCCUCUGUCUAAGAAAACUAAGGUCACCAUCGCUGUUUUGGGAAUGUUUGAUGCCAUAACGAUCAACGAAGAAUCACUCGACUGUACCUUCUUCGGCACCUUCGAACCAGCCUCAGUAAAAUGGUACACAGCUGCGAACCAAGAAGUGGACACAACAGCCGGAUCUGCUUACUCUAUCCCCGCCUCCUCCUGGGAUAGUAACACCAACUCCAUAACCUCCACUCUGAGUGUCGACAAGUCCAAAUACACUGAUGUGGUUACGUUUACAUGUGCUGUUCAGUUCGACGCAGGAGACACCUUCCCCGACAGUGUUGCUGGACUGGAGACUGUCACCUCUCUACACUUCAGGGAAAUUGAAACACAGAGUUCAACUACCUACUCAACCGGGCAAGAUGUCACUUUAUCCUGCGUAUUCGACUUCACGAAGGGAGGCACUGGUCCAACAUCAGUUGAAUGGACUCAGAUAGAUGGUCUCACCAUGGCCACUGAUUACCUCGUGGAAUUAGGAGAAAAUGGAGCUGACGGGAAACGAACAACAACUCUUUCCUUGAAAGGAAUAGACGAUCCAAAGUUUGCCGAAUUGUAUACCUGCGGUUUCAAAUAUUCUGAUACGGAAAAAUACAUUGAGAGUAUCCAGGUUCAUGUCAGAGUGUCAACUGUUGACCAAGCCUCGCAAUACGUUCACACCAACGCAAACUUCAAGAUAACAUGUGACUUCGUGGGAAAGGAAACCCCGUCAUCUGUAACAUGGUCGCACAAAGCAACAGCUGAUGCUGCGGCAACUACCGUCACUGAUCAAAUUACUGACUUCGGUUUGGAGCUGAUUGAUAGCAAGCAAGCUAUACUCACCAAGUCGAAUCCUUCUUCUGCUGACGAUGGCGAAUAUACUUGUGAAUUUGAUUUUGCUGAGAUGCCAUCCGAAAAAGGAACCGCGAAAGCCGAUAUCGUUGCAGCUUUGCUCCAGAUGCCGCAACACACUUCAUCUCCUAUAACAGAAGCUCCCGCCCAGAAAAUUAUCCUUACUUGUACAGUUAAAAGUGAUACUUCACUGGACAUUUUCUGGUACAAAGGAGCAACUGAACUGACCAACACAUUUGAAGAAGUUUUGAGGGCUAACGUAAUUUCAUCAGAACUUACUAUUGCCAGCUUCACAUCCGCGGAUAUCGGGGAAUACUCGUGUAGACUGGAUAAUGAUGGUAGCAUCCUCCGAGUCUCCGAACACAGGAUCAUUCUCAAGAUCCAAGGACUGGAGCCGACCCCUCUGGCUGCCGGAGCUGUUUACGCGGAAGUAGGAAAGAGUGCAAGCAUUGCUUGUAAGAUCGACAGCGAAGGAACAGUAACUUGGACUAAGGAUGGAGAGUCGUUCACUGACGCAGCCUUCUAUAGUGCGGGAACGUUCGACUCCGAUAAAGAUGAGCAAACGAGCACUUUGUCAUUCGCUAGCGUCUCGAAGGACAAUGAAGGAGUGUACGUGUGUACAUUCAAGUCAUUGUCUGCUACGUUUACUUUAGAUGCUUAUGGUCUGUCCGUGACAAACAAAGAGGUGAAGUCUGGAGUAGAAUCAGUCCUUACAUGCAAAGUUACUGACGUCACUUCUGCCUUCAGCUUUACAUGGACUGAUAAGGACUCGAAGGUGGUGAACGCUCUUUCCGAAGCAGUGAGGGACGAGAACGACGAACAGGAAAGUGAACUGACCGUAACCCCAACAGAGGAUACCACAUACACAUGUACUGCCACAGAUGCGACCCAGGGCCAAUCAGCCAUCACCGCUACCCUCGACGUGUUUGAAAUCACGAACCCAACUGACGUUUACGCUGAAGUUGGAGUAGCAACUUCCCUGACAUGUGGAGUAACUGGUAAUACUGGGACACCCAACUAUGUUUGGUACAAGGUCGGAUCAGACACACCUGUCUACACGGAUACUGGAAAUGCAGCCACUUCCACCUACGACAUAGCCGAUCCUCAAUUUUCUGAAGAUGGAGCCUAUCACUGUAAAGUAUCCGCGAAGGUUGGCGACGUUACAAACGACGGCUUCGAAUCUGAAGAUGCAAAACUUGUUGUGAGACAGGUAUCAACAUCAUUCGGUGACGAAACUGUUAUGAAGACGGCUACAGAAGCCUUUGUUUGCACUUACAAGGGAGAUAACGACGUUUCUUCUGUUCAGUGGACAGGACCUAACGGUGUAAUCGAUCCAGCAACUAAGAUCGUAACAAGCAAUUACGAAGACGAACUAAGAACAGUUGUAAGCACCUAUACAUUAGAUGGAACAGAUGGUGGACAGUACACUUGUACCUUCAACUUCAACAGUGGACCCGCCAUCGCUAAAUCUACUAAUCUUGUUAUUUUCUCAAUGACGCAGAUUGAGACACGUUACUUCAGCCCUGAACACAUCGAGGUGAAAUUCGAGGGUACCUUCGAACCAACCAUCACGUGGUACAUUGCUGGUGCCGAGUACGACGCGGGUACCAACACCCAACUGACACCCUCUGUAUCUUCCGCAUGGAACAAUAACGCUGUUACCUUCAAAUUGUCGUUCAAAAUGACUGCCUUCAGUUUCGGUAUACAGCCGUUUACUGUUUCUGCAAAACUUGAGUUCGGAGAUAAGUCCACUGAGGUGCUGACUACACAGGAUGCUACUGUCUAUAAACGAGAGCUGAUGGAGGGUCUAGCUUCGAAGGUCAUAAUAACGGAUGAAAGUGAAAAGUUCCAAUGUAAAGCUACUGGUGAAGACAACACAGUAUUCGCUAUCAAGUGGUACUUAGAUGGCAAGCUGUUGGAUGACUCUCAAGAUUACAUGACGAUCACAGAGGAACCACAAGGAAGGUCUAUCCGAGUGAGCGCUCUCACUGUUGACAACACCCGCUCUGACUUUAACGGACUGCUGAAAUGUUCUGUUAGCUGGCCCGAACCUGCUCCUUACACUGCUGAGUCUACUGCAGAGGUUACAGCUAGAGGAGCUUACAUGGAAGACUACAGCUACUCUGACAGUAAUGGUGAUGGUGUGAUGGUCUGUAACGCUUGGAAUCCGGAAACUGUCUCAGUCACUUUCGCCUGGAAGAGAUCGGAUGGAACCGCUUUAGUGGCAGAGGCAAAUAAGAUCACGAUAACACCCGUAACCGAGGGAAGACUUCACACUAGUACAGUAAAAUUACUGGGCAUGACAAGUGAACAGAGUGGAGAUUACCAGUGCGAAGUGAAGUUUGAUGUUGAAGCUAGUCCUAAAAUUUUCACAACCAAACUCCAACUUCUCGCUGCAAGGAUCGAACACUCUGGUCCCGACCACGACGACACAGCCUAUAUUGAUAUCGGUGCUGAACUUCUGAUUACUUGUACUUACUCCGGAGACGAGGAACCCUCCAUGAUUGAAUGGCUCAAGGGAACUGCUCUGAAGGGAGAUCUGCUAACUGAUCAAGAUGUCACCUACGAAAUCACAACCAGUGACUACGAUUCAAGCUCCAAGAGCAGGAAGAGUGUUUUGAAGUUAAAAAACGGAAAUGUCCUCGAGUCAGGACUCUACACCUGCAAGUGGACAGUAGCCUUGGGAGCUCCAACUGCUAUACUUAACGUCCGUGUCAUGGGUUUGGACGUUACUGAUGAUGUUAAGGGCAAGACUUACGGUUUGGAUGGAUCACUAGUGGUUGCCUGUAAGUACAGUGGAAUCGAACCUGGUACAAUCUCGUGGCACAAAGACGCAACCACAUUUGAAGCAGGCGACAAAAUAGCGAUGAGCAACGGAGAACUGUCGAACAACCAUGCGACUUACACGCUCACAAUUUCCGACGCAAUUCCGGGAUCAACUGACGGUCAGUACACGUGUAAGAUGACGUACGAUGACGGGUUCGAGAAGAGCACGGUACUCGAGGCUGUGGUGAGGACUGCUGCUGUGGUUGAGGGAGUGGAUGAUACUGUCGUGUCUCACGCUCUCGUCCUGGAUGGGACACUUUCAAUGAAGUGUAUCUACAAGGGCGUGGCCCUGCCCAAUGGUAUUAGUUGGUUCUACGGAAGUGACGAGAUAGAUUUCAAUGACCCUAGUCUCUCUCUUUCUAACUCAAUGAAGAGCAGAGUCUCGGACCCUGUCCAUAUCUACCAGAGCUCCGUAAACUUGGGAAUUAAAACCGUGGCUGAUGAAGGGAAGUACAGUUGUAGGUUCCAUCUGGAUGACAGCCAGGACCCGACAGCAGAAGCAGAGAUCAAGGUAGUCUCAGUUACAACACCUGAUGUGUGCGUGUUCGUUGACUACGGAGCAGAAACUACGACGACUCUUACUUGUAGUUACAGUGGUUCCGCUGCAGCGCUCUCCUUCAAGAAAAAGUUCCCUGGGGGAACGGAGGUAGAUGGAGAGUUGGGCGAGUUCAGUUCUAACAAACAGACCGGAACAUUUGAACUGAUCGACAUCACGGACGCUAAGGCGGGGACUUAUGAGUGUGUCUUUGGUUUAGCUGAUGAUUUGAAGGCAUCAACUGAGAUUAAACUCUCAGCUCGAAAGGCAGAAGUAUCAACAUCGGUCGGAACUUCUAAUCCGCGUCUUCUGGCAACAUCCUCAGUAACAAUAACGUGCACUGUCGCAUCUGGUGCUAAAACAAUCACAUGGUACAAAGAUGACUCUGAGUUUACCAACUACGAAGUCGUUGAAGAAAAUAAUGAGAAAUCUGCGGUAUCUUUCGACAUAGAAGACAACAGCGGUGGUUCUUACACUUGCAAAGGUGUUUACUACAACGAUGAUUGUCCAACCCAGCACACCUUCACAUCCCAGGAAAUAAACCUGGAAGUGAUCACAGACGUAGCCACAACCCAACCUAAGGACACCACGGUUACUGUGGGCGAGAAAGGUACCUUCGAGUGCGUGUUCCCAGAUCCGUACGGAGAAUCCAACGCACCAACUAUCGAGUGGAGAGUGGGGAAACGGUUCUUGUUGGGUGAUGAUUUGUAUAACGAUGACGGAGAGGUUGUUAUGGAUGGAUCUAUUGAAAAUGUUCGUAACCCUGGCACUUAUUCAACUAUUCUUACUAUCGAAAAAGUCACCAUUGAGUCUGCUGGAAAAUACACCUGUUCUAUCAAAUGGGGCGGACUUUUCAUUCACUCGGAACCAGCUACGCUAAUUGUCCGAGCCAUCACAACAGAACCGUCCACCGUUAAUGUUCCUGAGGGAACCGAUGCUAAAUUGUCUUGUGUUGCCAUAUCGGACGCGGUCGCCACGAUCACGUUCCACAAAACAUCUGACGAUUCUUCUGUAACUACAGUAGUGAGUACGGAAGACAGUGCAACAACCUCAACCACAACCAUCACAACCACCGGGGUGUUAACUUUAUCCGGUGUCACACCAAGCCACGCGGUGGAUUACUAUUGCAAAGCUACUUGGGGUGAUCACAAUGUGAAAUCCUCAAACGUGCACCUGUCUGUUCUGAGUGUGGUUCAGAGUAACAUGGCUGAUUCCUGGGGAUUGGAUGGGAACUCGGUGAUGCAGUACUGUUACUACGAGGAUAAGAUCAUGGCAAGUAACACCAAAGCUUUUGAAGACGAGGAUGGAAGAAGUGUAUUUGCUGUGACUAGUGUCGCUUGGGAGAUAUAUGCUGGUUCUUGGUCUGAUAUAUCUGACAACAGCUUGAUAACAGCUGGAACCACUUUCCGAGAAAACGGUCUAAACGUAGCCGUGGUCAACAUCGGACCUCUUGCUUCAGACGCGCCAGACCAUUCAGUGAGGUGCAAAGUAACAUACACCGCCGAUCCGAACCACCAUCUCGAAGGAGGUGUUAUCACCUCCAGCUCCGUAAAAGUCAAAGUAAUACACGUCACCUCGUUCGUGGUGCCCUCUAGCAUUGCAGUGACAGGAGACACAGUCACUUUGUCGUGCAGUGCAACUGGAGAAACUCAACCAACCUUCAAGUUCACUGCGGAGGGUUCACCUUUCUCAGCGGAAUACUACACGGAAGUAGCUGCCGCAUCCUCUGUUGUUGAUGGGGGAGAUGGGAAUGUGUGGAAUUCUGAGUACAAGUUCUCAGUGAAGGCUCCUAACAUGAUUGUUAACGGAGAAACUGUCGCUUGUGAGGCUGAGUUUACAGCAGGAACAGUUAAUAGUGAGGACAAAGAACUGAAAACAUAUUACAGUUGUGGCGGUGCCGAAUCUAAGGCUAAGAUUACGUUACUGAAAGAUACACUUGCAACAAUAUCUUACGGGUCGGUAGAAAGUGACGGCAGUUUGACGGCAUCUACCGUAUGUAAUGCCAACACGGCGUCAGAGAAAUACACCAAAGCAACUGAGACCGUUAACUCCGCAUCUGAAUCAAAAUGCAGUAAAGACACAGGGUUCUGGACCCCUCCCUUUCUGUCCCCCUGUCUCCAAAUAGUCGCCUUCUCAAAAGCUAAAGUUGAGCAGAUCUACGAUCUUAAUACUUGGGUCGAUAGCUCCGGGAAAUACGAGUUGUGUAAUAACGAUGCAGAAGCAGAGCUCACAGAAGCUAAGAUAAUAGAGUACAUAACCAGUACUACUAACGCUGACUGCGGGGCCCGACAUGUUAUUCCUUGCCUCAAGGCAGCUGAUGGAAGUUGUAGUGUUAAAACUGGAGCUGAUUUAAACGGAUGUGCUUGGGACAAAACUACUAAAAUUCUAUCUGUAUUUGUAACAAUUGAGUUUACCCCCGAAGUAGAGACAAUUCAGGAAAAGACGGGCUCAGUCACUAUACCGGCCGGCGAUAAAUUACGAUUCUAUGAUUGUGUAUCCAGUACAAACAAGCGCAGUGUGUUAAUUGAGAUUCUUGACCGGGGUCCAGUUGAUACCACCCUCGUUAUAACCAAUACCACUGUCAUUGAUGAAGAUUUUCCUGAUUUCGAUAUAAUGGAUAGGUCAAGCGAUGAAACAGCCAAGUUAAGAUUGCUACUCACCGUAGGGGGUGUAUGCGUUGCAGCGCUUAUUAUAAUAGCAGUCACUCUAAUUGUCAGAAGGAGGACAGUAAAUAAAAGAAAGACGUUGAAAGUCGAGGUCUUCCCCGGUAGAUUGGUGAUAUCAGACGCAUAAUAAACAGUUAUAUUAGUAAUAAUUCUAAUAUUAGUUAUUAUAUCAGAACGAGAUUUACCUUUCUUAAAGUACUAAUUUUUAAAUGCUUUUGGUUAUUUAAAGUGUACAUCUUGUAUCAAGUUAAGUUCUCGCAUUGUGUACAUACCAACAUCGAAUAUCUGUUGUCAUGGGAAUGCGUCUACUAAGCGAGAUUCUUUCAUUUUAGAGAUAUUCACCUUAGGAGACAUAUUUUUACGGCCUGAAAUUUGGGCCUUUUCGACCCUCGCUUCAUACUUUUCUGAUGUCAUUUUCAAAUCUUCACAUAUAAUAUCCCCCAAAUUUCGUGACCCGCAUUUCCAACAUGAUUAUGUCUCCUGAGGUUUUAUACAUAUGGUGAUUGUCAAUUCUUAUUACUGCUGUCAGUGUCUGCUGGGAUAUUGAUCACACGUGACCACAAAAACCCUGCUUUGACGCAUUUUAUCCUUAAUUUUGAACGUUUUUAAAGUGUUUAUGCUGCAGUCAGCAGUGAGAUGUAUGUUGAUGAAAAAUCGACUUUUUGAUACGCGCCAGUAGUAAUAGUAUAGUUAGAAAUCUAUCUAUGAGGUAAGUUCUUCAUAGUUUCCUGUUCAAGGAAUCCAUCUUCUAUUCACAGAUCACGCAUAAUUGUAAUACACUUGAUAUGAACAAGUGACGUCUUGUAAAAUGCUUUAUAUUUUGUAAUUAAAAGUAAAAAUGAGAAUUAAGACAAGUUAAACGACAAAAUUAUCUUUAUCAAUGAGUCUUCUGAAUGGUAACAUCUUCAGUGGCUUUAUUAAAUCUUUUUGAGACUAGUUUUUAGUGGUUCUACUAAUGAAAUUUUGUAAAACUAAUAAAUUGUGAUAAAUGUUUAUUUAACUAAUUGUCGUUUUGAAUUUUGAAACACAAA